UCUCUCAGCCUUUGAUAAGAAGUAGAUCAUCGGAGCUAAGGAGGAAAUAUGCUGCUAUGCAAGAUUCCCAGAUUAAAGUGAUUCCUCAACCACCACAUAACAUGCCAACACAUGGUGUUCAUAGAUUCCAGCAAAACUUCACGAACAUGAGCAAUUUCUGCAACAAUCCAAUGGCUGAAAUACCCAACCAACUGCAGAAUAUCAUGUCUCCAUCUAAAUUGUCCACGUCGUCUUUCAACCCUCCAAUUGCAACAGCUGAUAUGAUUUCUUCUGUUGUGAACAUGCUCAAGGGUACCUUAGAGCCUAAAAAGAUUGACAGAAAUGUUGAUGAAGAAACAGUUGAAGGUCGUUCUUAUGAUAUGUUAACUUCUCAAGAAGCUGCAUGCAGUAGAAGCUCUAUUCAAGGUGUAGGAGAUGAGACCACUGUUUUACAUAUUUUAUCCCCAGUUCAUGUGCCAGCUUCGGGCAGCUUCGCAACACUUGAGAAUUCUUUAGAAUUGAGCAUGAAAGGUUAUCCAACUGAGGCAAAUUAUAUACAGAUGAGUACCAUGUCUCGAGAGCCUUCUCAAAGCGAUUCAUCUACUGCUGCUCCUGCAGUUUCAACGGGUUUUGAAGUUUGUGAUGGCACUGCUCAAUCAAAGCCUGCAUUUUCUACUUGUAGUUAUUCUGGAAAACAGGUUGGCUAUGGUUCUUUAGAACUCGAGUCCAGAGACAAAGUGGGCAAGGAAGAUUCCACAAAGAAAAGAAGGGUUGAGCGCUCACGCAAGAUGGCUGAAGCAAAGGAAAGAAACUCGACACCAUCUAUAUCGUCAGAUAUGCAGGGAAUUCUAAGGCGCUGGGAAAAUUUAGAGAAGGAAGUUCGAUCUCUCAAACUUAAUCUUUCCUUUAUGAACAGAAAGGAUUCGGAACAAACCAAACAAAUUGAAGAGCUCCUGAAACAAAAUGAAGAAUUAACAAAGGAGAAGGAGCGCCUCUUGGAAGAGAUGGAGCAGAACAUCUCUUAACGUCGCAAGAUUUGACACAUUUUUUCAUGUUUUGAACAAAAAAAUUUCUUCUGCCUUCCCUGAUAACCAUCUAAUCAUGAACCAUUAAAUUCUUCAAACCCUGCAACCUGCUAAAGAUGAGUUUGGAUGACUUUACAGAAGAGAAAAAGCAUCUUUUAAAAUUCUCAUUGCUUGUUCUGACUGAUACUCAUAAUCUGUAGCUUGAAUUUUGAGCGGUAAGUUAAUGAGUCUAAAUGGCUGAGCUUUCUUCUAGUGAUCAUCCUGAUGUUUCAGAUGAUAAA